ACAAAACCAUUUUUAACCGUAUUUGUUUAAUCCAAAUGCGGUAUUUACUUAAGUUUAUGUAAUUAAAUUUGGAACAAUUAAAACUAUUUUAAUGCUGUGAUAAACUACAACCAAAAAAAUAUUCGUGUGUGAUACAAUGCCGAAGUGCUUUUAUUACGUACUUUUUCUGGUAUGGUUCAGUUUCUCAAUCCUGUCCCAUAACCUCUUAUUUCACAGCGGUUUUUUGUUAACAAAGAAAGCUAUCGAGAAAGUCGCCGCUUGUAAUUAUAACGAAAAGAUUAAUAAAAACUCGGUUGGAGAGGAACGAUUUCCUGAUAAAUGGAGCGAGAAAGAUUUUUCGAUGUGUUUAGACCAAAAAGCCAGGGUAUUGUUGGUUGUUGUUGAUGCAUUUCGAUAUGAUUUUAGUCUUUAUAAUGAAAACAUUACGAAUCCUUUACCUUAUGAGAACAAAAUACCUGUUAUUAAUGAUGUACUAAAAUCGAAACCAGAAUCUACAAGAUUGUUUAAAUUUGUUGCUGAUCCUCCAACAACAACAAUGCAAAGAUUAAAAGCUUUAACAACAGGAAGUUUACCUACGUUUAUUGAUGCUGGUUCAAAUUUUGCUUCAACAGCAAUAAAAGAAGACAAUUUUAUUAAUCAAAUAGUUAUUAAUAAUAAAAAAGUUGUUUUUCUUGGUGAUGAUACUUGGUUGGGAUUAUAUCCAAAUCAAUUUCUUCGACAAUAUCCUUUUCCAUCAUUUAAUGUUAUGGAUUUGGAUACUGUAGAUAAAGGAGUUAGCAAUAAUAUUUAUGAAGAAUUAAAAAAAAAGGAUUGGGAUUUAUUAAUUGGACAUUAUUUGGGAGUUGAUCAUUGUGGACAUCGAUAUGGACCUAAUCAUAAGGAAAUGGCAAGAAAAUUAACUGAAAUGAAUGAAGCUAUUGGGAAAUUAAUUGCUGAAUUACCCGACGAUGUAAUUUUAAUGGUUAUUGGAGACCACGGAAUGACAACAACAGGAGAUCAUGGUGGUGAAACUGACAUGGAAAUCCUUUCAACUCUUUUCAUCCACUCAAAAUUUCAAUUAAACUCACCACAAACUCCCCAGUUAGAUUCUGUAAAUCAAGUUGAUUUAAUUCCAACAAUAUCAAUAAUAUUAGGCGUUCCAAUACCGUACAGUAAUGUAGGUUCUUUAAUUUUAAAUGCUUUACCAUCAUCGAUUUCUUGGCUUGAAUUGUCAAUAUCUCUUUGGAUGAAUGUUAAACAAAUCACUGAUUACGUUUUAGAUUAUUCAAAAAUGUCGGAUGUUUUUAAUGCGGAACAAUUAAAAGAAUUAACAUGGAAUUUUGAACAAAUAUCUCUAGAUCGUUUGAAUAUCAACAAAAAUAAUUUUAAAAUAUUUUCAGAACAAGCGCUAAAUUUUAUCGAUAAUACACGAAAAAUGUGUCGAGACGUUUGGGUUGAAUUUAAUCCUUUUUUAAUGGCACGUGGUUUACUUUUAUUGGCAGUUAUUUCCGUUUUCGUUUAUAACAUUUUAGAAGGGGUUAAAACGUCUUUGUAUGAUUUUUGUCGAAAAAUUUCUUUCGCUUUAUACGGAAGUUUGUUUUUAUCGAUUAUAAUAGCUUAUUUUAGUUAUAAUUUCGGAAUCGUUGAUAAUUUAUUAACAUCCUUUAUUUUUAUAUCCGGUUUUAUAGCUUGUUUUAUAUUUCCGACGUUUCUUUGUUUACAAUGGGAGGAUAUCGCGGAAAAUUGGAGUGAAAGGCGUAAAGAAAACGGACGAGACGAUUUAUUAACUCGUUGCGUUUUAGCUUUAAGCAUUUUCGCUUUAUUUUCGAACAGUUAUAUUAUUCACGAAUCUUACGUUAGUUUUUAUUUAUUAAACGCAGCUUUGUUUAUUAAUUUAUUAGACGGGGGUUUGAAAAUACGCAAUAAAUACAAAGUAAGCAAAACUAAAUUAAAACGCAAAGUGUUAACAACAAUUUCAGUUUUAAUUGUGAUUUUUUUGAUUAUAUCUCGCAUUUCUUUUCAUUAUUUUCAAUGUCGCGAAGAACACAAUUGUAAAAAUGUUAAUGAUAAGCAAUCAGAACCUUCGGAUUGGAUUUUUAGUGUUAUUUCAAUUAUUGUUAUUAUAACAUUAUCUAGGGUUUGGUUAAAUUAUUGCGGAAACUUAACUGGUUUAAGUCCAAAUGUAAUUUUCUUUCGAUACACUACACCAAUGUUAGUUUUUACAAUAAGUGCUUUUUGGGCUGUUAAUUCGUUUCCAAAACAUGGUUUAACAAAAAAUUUGCCUUCUUGGGGCGUUGACGGUUUUGCUUUAGCUUCAUAUGUAAUUAUUUUAACCGGAAUUUUUGUAAUUUAUUUAUUCCCAAGCGCUAUUUUUGUCUUUUAUAAUGAUCCAAAUAUAUCGGGGGAGGGAGACAAUUUAAUUACCACCGUUUUCAAAACGUUAAAAAGUAAAUUUGAAAGUAACUCGAAACGUGAUGAACGUAUUCCGAUGAUUUGGGGGCUUGGAACUGCUUAUAGUGCCCCAUUUAUUAUGGUAACAACUUUAUUAACUUUACUGAUUGUUCUUUUAAUUGGAAUUGGACAUACACCGGCUGUUUUAAUGAUGUUUAUUAGUUUGUUUAUUAUUAUGGGGAUAACUUCGAUUAUUAGAUAUGAAAAAUCUUUGAAUUUAGAUCAAUUACUCGAUGUUCCAUCAUCACUUGUAGCAACAUGGACUUUAUUGUCAUCAUACUAUUUUUAUGCAACCGGACAUCAAGCUUCGUUUUCAAAUAUCCCAUGGACAGCCGCAUUUGUCGGAACUGGUGAUAAAUUAGAUAAUAAUUUCAUUCCGGCCACUUUAAUUAUAAUAAAUACUUUCGGAUCAUAUAUUUUAACUGGUUUUACACUUCCAAUGCUGCAAUUAGCUCCAUUGGCUAUUUACAAAAUAUUCCCACAGCUAGAAACCAAACUGGGAACUUUAAAAAAGGACAUUGAUAAAGGUGAAAUGUUAAUUUUCGAGAAUCAAGAUUUUCUUUUGGGGAAUACAACCAAAUUGUGCAUUAAAUAUUUAAUUUUUCAUGCUGUUAGGUUAUUUGCUGCAAUGUUAUCUUGUACAAUUCACUGCCGUCAUUUAAUGGUUUGGAAGAUUUUCACCCCAAAAUUAAUUUUUGAAAGCGUUUCGAUGUUGGUCACCAUCGUUUCAGUAUUACUUGGAUAUUUAUUUUACGUCCGCAUUGUAAAAUCAAUUUCAAGAUUUGUUACAAGUAUAGAAAAACAGAGUAGAUGAUUUCUGUUUUUUGCUGAACCUUAAUUUUUUAACACAAAUUGUUACUGCAUUAAAAUUGUAUAGAAUUACCCAAAAUGGAAGUAGAAAUUUUUUGUUAUUGAAGUGUAUAGAUCACAGAAUCAGUCACUGCCAAUGCAAAGCAUUAAAUUGUAAUAAUUUAUGAAUAUUAAUAAAUUAGAGUGAACCUA